CGUUACCGUAUGGCGUAUGAUGAUUGGUGUUAUUGGUGUUUAGUGUAAAUGGUUGUUUUUUGUUUUCUUUCGCGCGACUUGUAGACCGUAUAGUAGCGCGCAGAGCAACGACGCCGGACCGCAUCCGCGUUCUCGUGCACGAACCGUCGCUGGAUAAUUAAGCUUUAAAGUGUUUAUCUUUCCUCGUCGGAGUGUGCGUCCUGGAUCCGGCGAGCGCGUUUUUACUCGAUAAUAAUAAUAAUCCUCCGGUGGGUACGUUUUACGUUGCACUAUUGAAUCCAAAUCAUCACCGUGUUCUCGCCGCUAAGUCAAUCAUCUCGCGGUCUGCGUUUUAAUGAUCGUAUUUCCCGUUGCAUCAUCGCCACCAUUGCCUUCGGCGUCCGCCUUCCAGACGCGUACGAAUCGUGUGUCGUCGAUCUCGUGUGCUUCUUCCCGAACGCCGCCAAAGCCGUUGUUUCACCAUGGACAACGUUUACAAGUGCCGAAUAUGCUAUCGCAUGUACCACGACAAGGAAGUUGUCAUCGAUUUGUCGUCGGAGGAGGCAAAGGAAGAACAAAUUGCCGCCAAAAUACUCUGUGCCCUGUCAAUCAUGAUCACUGAUCAUGAUCCUAUAAAGCAUAUUUGUAGAAUAUGCUAUGGGCAAGUUGAAGUUAAUUUCAGAUUUGCAACUGCAUGUCGAAAAAAUAAUGCAAAAUAUAUCGAAAACUUAACAAAUGAACCUUCAAAUAAUGUGGUCAAAACAGAAUAUAAAAAAUUUAUGAGAAUACCGGUUCAUGCUUUGUUUAAUAAAUACCAUUUUGAUGUGAAAGGCUUAUUUGGUGCAGUAACAAGCUUUUUGAAUGAUACUAAUGAAAACCUAAGUUCGACCAAACAUUUUGAAAAUUUUGACCGAUAUUUUGGUCUUAAUAACAGUAUUUCAAAUCAAUUUGAUAUUGAAAAUGAUACACCUAUUCCAGAAAGCUCUUCGGUAUUUGAAGUAAAUAUACCUAGUACAAAUGGGUCCAAUGUUGAAACUGAUGAUGUUAUUAUUGACCAAGUUCAUAAUUCUGGUGACACUGAUGAUGUUAUUACUGACAAUAUUCAUAAUUCUGGUAUAGAUCUUAAUAACCGAUCUUUAAGACCUAUCAUUAACACAAAUAAUAUAAACCAUGCAACUAACGCUAGCACAUCUAGAAACAUUCUAUUAAAUGCACAUAUUCCUGUUAUGAGUUCAAACAAUCUAAGCCAUACAAUUAAUACUAGUUCAGGCAUCUUUCGUAUUAUUCCUACUGUUGGAACAAAUAAUGUAAACAAUGCCACAAAUAAUAUAAAUCAAUCUAGAAACAACCGUCCUAUUAUUUGUAAAAAUAAUGUAAUCAAAUCAACUAGAUUUUGCAUAUUAAGUAAACCUCAAAUACUUAUGAACGGACGGCAUGUUGAUACAAAUACUGUACAAAAUCUUGGUUCUGCUGCACAUUUAAAUCAACCUAAUGUGAAUAGUCCGUCCAUAGUCCAAAGUACAGUUAAUAAUCACAGUGAUAGUGUUCAAUCAAAGAGAAAUGGACAAAUAAACGAUGAUGAAGUAAUUUGUUUGGAUGACGAUGAUGAUGAUGAUGACAAUAAUCAUAUUCAUAAUGACAAUAAUAAUAAUGGUAAUGGCAAUAAUUUACAAAGGCUUGAAAAUUCCAUAAAUCCUUUAAACCAGUGGAUAUUACCACCACCAUCACCACUACUAAACAGAAAUACCAAUACCAAUAAUAAUGCUAAAACCAACUUCCCUAAAUCAUAUCAAAAUAAAAACAAAAAUAAUGCAAAUAAUAUCAUUAAAAUCAAAAGAAAAGUAAUUUUUUUGAACAACAGUGCACCAUCCACAAAUAUCUCAAGUGAAGAAAUGACAGUUACUCCAGAUAUGCCACUUUCAACUUCUGAUGAGGGUUCUUUAUUAAAUCAGGGAGAAGACAUGUACUUUGAUGUAGACAAUGAGCCAACUGAAUCAUUACUAGUUGAACCAGAAACUGAACCAUCAAGAGUUUUACCAGAUACUGGAUUCCAUUUUUUAUUCUCAACUGAUGAAACAGUUGACUUGACCACUAAAGACAAUACACCAAAAAAAAAACCAGUCAUAAAACAAAAGAAAACUCCUAAACCCAAAAAGGCUGUGGCUUCUAAGAAACAGACUCAGAAAACUUCCACUGCUCAAAGUAAUCCAAAAACAAAAAGUCAACUAAUAAGAUCGUCUACAUCAUCAACUAUAGAAAAAAAACAAACUCGGAAAACUUCCAUUGCUCUACAUAAUCUAAAAACAAAAGGUCAACUACUAAGAUCAUCGACUUUGCCAACUACAGAACAGUCGGACACGCCACUAACAAAGCCUAGGCCCAAGAGAGCAUCUGCUAUUGACAGUGCUGCUGAGAAUAGAAAUUCUGGUUUAUGUAAAUUAGGAAAACACAUAGAGAGCAGAGACUGCAGAUGGACCUUACCUGUUAUAAAUAAUAUUUCAUUACCAAUGUUUCAAUGUCCAAUAUGUGAUGUGUUUCUCUAUAGUCCAGAGUCACGCAAAACACAUGAAGUUUUAAAGCAUUCCUCGCUGCUUGAGUCUAUACAUGAACCUGUGAAUGUUGUUUCUACCCCAAGAAAUACUGAACCGUUAACUGAACAGUUAACUCUUUUUAAUUAUUUGCAACUUUGCGUAACAUCAAAACAUAAAACAAAAGCAGUCCAUCAAUUAGCCAAAAGAACAAAUUUGUUGAAAGCAUUUAAGACUUUAGGACAUAAUACUAUUGACUCCUUUAAGUGUAAAUAUUGCCCAUAUACAACAGAUCUUAUAUUUGCUUUAUGGGCUCACAUGACCUCCAAACAUCUUUAUCUAAAAUGUGAUUCUGAAAAAAAGUCAUGUUUAUAUUGCUUUUUGUGCAAUCGCAUAUUAACUAAACGUACAACAAUGCUCAAACAUUUAGACGCUUGUAUAAAUAAACAUAAUGAAUUACCAAUUACUAAUAACUCAAGUAAAAGAUUAAUAUGUGUACAUUGCAAUGAAGGUUUUGAUUCAUUGAUAGAACUUGAAAAACAUACUUGGGGACAUGCAAAAAAGUAAAAGUAGGGUUAUAAACAUUCAUAUUACUUAUAUAACAUACAUAUAUAUAGUAUAUAAUUUACAUAUAUAUAUUGUAUAUAUAUGUAUAUAUUUUAUAACUGACAUUUGUAUAAACUUUUUUUUGUUUUUAUAAGUUAUAGUGUUAUCCAUUAGAUGUUAUAAAUAUUUCCUAAACUAUUGUUAAUAUUAUUAGAUUGUUCAAAAGUAAUCUGUUUGAAAUUGUAAUUUAAUUUCAAAGUAAAUAUAAUUCAAAACUACUUAUACUUUUUACCAAUUUUAAUUUCACUGAAGGGUAAACAUGCAUUAUUUCAUAUUGAUUUAUACUUUAAUAUAAGUAUGUUUCUUUGCUUAGUAUAAUCUUUUAGUUAUAUCUAAUGAUUUAUCAUUUCUUUUGUUACAUUGAAAUAAUGCAAGUUAAAAAUUGUAUGUCUUAUUUAUAUUUACUUUAAGAUUUUUUUUUAUAUUAUUAUUAUUAUUACUAUUUUUUUUGUACACAAGCAAUUAAUCGUGUAUGCUUGUCCUACUAAAUUUAAGUAUUUCUAACUAAUGAUAAUUAUAUAACUAAACUAAAACUAAAAAUUUUAUUGAAUAAAAUCCGUUAUUAUCUUAUAAACUGUUGAAUGCAAAUAAAAUUAUCACUUGCAUUCUACUAAUUUAAAAACAAUAUUAAUUUUUUUAUUCAUAACAUGUCGACUUCAUAAAUAUCUUGAUACAUCAUACUUUAUAAUAUUUAUUUAUUGUAUGUAGUGAUAUUCAGAUAUUUCUAACUUGGGGGUUUUUCCAAUUUGUUUUUAAAAACUGUUUGUUUACUUUUAUACUACAGUUAAAAUAUUUUUUAUGUUGUUAUUAAUUAUUAUAAUUUAUUUUUAUUAAGUUUGCCGAAACAGAACUGAUUUUUAUAAUAUGUCAAAAUGAUGACUGGGGUAUUUUUAUCUUGUAUUAUUUGUUUAUUUAUUAUAUUAUUGAUAUGUUAUUUGUUUUAUAUAUACAAAUUAUUACAACAUGCAUAAUGCAUAAAAAUAACUAUGAUUAAUACUAUAAUAUUUAAGAAGUUAACUGAUUAACAUUAAACAUAACACAUGUUGAUAAAAAAAAAUGUAUGGUUUAAUUUGUAUAAUUGUAAAAUUAUUUUGUAAGCUUAUUUGCAAAAAAUAACAUUAGUCUUCAGGGACUUCAAUAUUUGUCUUUUGCUGAGUCUUAGUUACAUCCAGGUGUGGUUUAUUCUCUAGCAAUAUUUAAAAGAUAUUGGUGUCUGGUGGACCGUUGAUGGAUAAUUGUAUUUAACAUUUUUUUUUCAUGGAAUACUGUAACUUAUUUUGAUACAUAAAAUAAGUAUUUAAUUUUAUUAUUUUUAUUUUUAAAUCUGUAUGUAUUGUUUGACAAGUUGUGUGAAUGUAUAUAUAUCUAAUAAUUUUAUAUAUUUAAUCAUUAAAUAUGUGGGCAAAAUUAAUCAAAUUAUUAAAAAAUAGUUUGAAUAAUUUUAAUUUGCAUACUCAAUUAAAGUAGUGAAAAUUCAAUAAGAAUAGAAAUUGUUCUUGUUGAAUGAACAUGAACCAGUACAAUGAAGUGAAUUUUGUUAAUAAUUGUCCAUAAUUUAUUAAUCAUAAGUAAGCACACUUGUCA